UUCAAAAAUAAACAUGGCGGCCGCAAGUGAUGAACAAAAUCACACUUUCUCAACUUCAAACRAUGAUCAUAACGCUAAAGAAGAGCAUGUACUUGGACCUUUAGUUUUCCCGCCUCCAUCRAAACCGACGUCUGACGAUCAGCGCGUUCCUUGCAUGUUUUGUGACAAGAUGUUUGAAAACACAACCGGAAAAAAUGACACGCUGCUGCAUCAUUUACUGAUUGAACACCAGCUUGUCAUUGCAGACGUUGCUCAAGUUUGUGAUUUUAAAAGAUAUUGUGAACACUGGAAGAAGAGACUAAAAGAAGAGUCUAUUACGGCAUUUUGCUCACAAAUUAACAUAAACAGCAAGCCUGGUGAUAUUGGCCCUCAAAUUCACUAUUACCUUCUUUGUGAUGCAUUGCCAGAAGACAGAAAAUUGAGAGAAGAAUUACAGAAACAAAGACUUGAAGCAGUUCUUGCAUCACAGCAGCGUGAACGAAGUGACUCUAGUUUUUCAAGGAAAUGUCUCUUCUGUAAACAAUAUUUUGAGGAAAACAGAUCAUGGCUAUUUUUGCAUAUGGCUGAAGAACAUGGAUUCAAYGUUGGUCAACCAGAUAAUAUUGUGUAUGUAAAUGAAUUUCUCAAUCUGUUGGAGAAGACUAUGGACAAUAUGCAGUGUAUUUAUUGUGAAAAGAAAUUCAAAGACAGAGCAACAUUAAAAGAGCACAUGAGGAAAAAACAACACAAGAAAAUCAAUCCUAAAAACAAACAAUAUGACAGAUUCUACAUCAUAAAUUACCUGGAGUUAGGUAAAACAUGGGAACAGCUGCAGAAUGAAGUAGAUGAUAACGAAUCAGACAACCAAGCUAACAACAAUGAUGACUGGAGUGACUGGACAGAAGAUCCUGAYCCUGUGGUUUGCCUGUUUUGUGAGUCUUCAACCGACACUGURUCAGAUUUGCUGCAACACAUGAAGGAUUCUCAUCAGUUCAGCUUAGUCGACAUAAAAAACUCCUUUGGUGAGUUUAGAACUGGUGAAUCAGGGUACACAUAUCCUGGGCGGGGAGGGGUUUACGAUAUGAUGUGUAUAAAUUGCCAAGAAAAGUUUCCUUCGCGUCAAGCUUUACUAGAUCACCAAACAAGCCUGGAACAUUUUAAUCUUCCUGGUGAUAAAAGUGUAUGGGAUCAGCCACAACACUAUUUCUCAACGUACGAAAAUGAUCGCUUGUUAUGCUGUCUUGAAGACGAAGACGAGGAGAAUGAUGACAACCAUUCAUCAAGCAACAAACCAGAUAAGCCAAAUGAGAAUUCUAAUAAAGCCGAAGUUGGACUGUAAAAAUAUUUGAUCAUUGAUCAUCAGUUCUCGCGGAAUUUGAAAUUAUAUGAUUGAAAUUUGCUCAGUUUUGUCGCUUUGUGCAUCCCCCCCCUACAAUAUAAGUGAGACCCCCCCUAAUCUCCCGGACAUUCGAUUUUAUGAAUAAUUAUUUGUAU